AUGGGGACGAUGGCGCAGCAAGGACUGGCUCCAGGGCUAUCUAGGAAGCUGAAGAAGGUGCUGGAGUGCCGUACGGACACUCCCGAUCUGGUGUCUUCUCUCUCUACUCUCUCCAAUUUCUACUCCGACAACACGCCCCAGGCUCGCCGGAACCUUAGAUCCACCAUUGAGAAGCGCUCUCUUCAGAUCAACCUCGAUUUCCUCCAGGCUUCCAACUCCGCCCAGAAGGUUUUGCCUGUGUCGCUUAUAUUAAAUUCUCCCCUGUGCGCGUGCUCUGCUUGCCGCUCUCAUUUCUUGGCAUUUGUUUCGAUUCAGGCUUUGGAUCAAGUGGAGCAGGAGGUUGAUGCUCUUGCUGAAUGCUGUGAUAGGAUUGGUAAGGCAUUGAACAGCUGUAGUGCAAGCACAGCUGAUAUUAUCAGCACCACUGAGAGGUUGAAACAGGAUCUUGAAGUUACCACACAAAGGCAAGAGAUCGUCUCAUGCUUCCUUCGUGACUAUCAGCUUUCUAGUGAAGAGAUAACUGCUCUGAGGGAAGAAGACUUAAAUGAGAAUUUCUUCAAGGCACUUUCUCAUGUUCAAGAAAUUCAUUCUAAUUGCAAAAUAUUGCUACGAACACAUCACCAGAGAGCUGGUUUAGAGUUGAUGGAUAUGAUGGCCGUGUACCAAGAAGGAGCAUAUGAGCGGCUAUGCAGGUGGGUUCAGGCAGAAUGUAGAAAGCUGGGCGAUACUGACAAUCCUGAAGUUGGUGAUCUUUUGAAAACAGCGGUCCGGUGCCUCAAAGAGAGACCGGUCCUUUUCAAAUAUUGUGCGGAAGAGGUAGCAAACAUGAGGCACAAUGCAUUAUUCAGAAGAUUUAUUAGUGCUCUUACACGUGGAGGACCUGGUGGACUGCCAAGACCAAUAGAGGUUCAUGCUCACGACCCAUUACGAUAUGUCGGUGACAUGCUGGGAUGGUUGCAUCAGGCAUUGGCAUCUGAGCGUGAACUUGCUCUUGCGUUACUUGAUCCUGAUGCAAAUGCAGAUGCUGGAUCAACCACAAAUUAUGUGCCAAAGGUUUUGCAGAAUGGUAAUGGAAAGACCGAAUCCGACAUGACAUUUGUUCUGGACAGAAUUUUCGAAGGAGUUUGUCGCCCAUUUAAAGUUAGGGUAGAACAAGUAUUGCAGUCCCAACCAAAUCUUAUAGUAACAUACAAGCUCAGUAAUACCUUGGAAUUUUACUGCUACACUGUGUCAGAUUUACUUGGGAGAGAUACAGCCCUCUGCAAUACGUUGUGGCUACUGAAGGAUGCCGCACAGAAAACAUUUUUUGGCAUUCUGAAAACCCGUGGAGAGAAACUCUUACGUUAUCCUCCUCUUGUAGCUGCUGAUCUCUCCCCUCCACAGGCUGUGAGGGAAGGUGUAUCUGUUUUACUUGAUAUAAUUGAAACCCAUAACAGCAUGAUGGUUCCUGCUACAGCAAAAAAUUCAGAUUUCGGUCCAGUCAUAUCUGCACUACUUGAUCCUAUAAUUCAGAUGUGUGAGCGAGCUGCGGAGGCACACAAGUCUAAGGGUGCUGGUAACCUGUCAAGAAGGAGGAGCACUGGCUCAAACCAAGACAAUAAAUCAUCAGUGGACGCCCUUCUGUCAAAUGGAAGUGCUGGCCCGUCGUCUCAGAACUCUGAAACGCCUUCUAAGAUCUUCCUCAUCAACUGCUUGUGCGCCAUCCAGCAACCAUUGUCCGGGCACGAGAUUGCUGCUGAAUAUGUAAAUAAACUUGGAGCAAUGAUAAAUAAGCACGUGCACGAUCUGGUGGGAAGAGAAGUGAACGCCAUUCUUACAAGAUGUGGCCUGUCUCAAAAAAUGAUUUACUUCCAUGAUUCAGUUGACGGCGGAGCAACUGGGGAUUCGACGUCAGGGGCCAAGCCACUAGCAGAGAUUGAAGAGACAUCCCCAGCGGCUCUAGCAGAGUGCCUGAGGGCUUUCUUCGGGCUUGUACUGGGGAGUGAGAGUGCACUUCCCGAGUUUGAACAAAUGCAGGUCCCAAGGUUGCGAUCGGAGACCUGUGUGGAGGUGGCCAGGUCGCUUGCAGGGGCGUACGAUCUUAUUUACAGAGCGAUUAUGGAUCCCAGCAAUAGCUACGCAGAGCCGAAAUCACUUGCAAGACAUCCCCCAGAUCAAAUAAGGACCAUUUUGGGCAUAUGAAAAUGUGAUGAGAUUCUGCAUUGGCCAGUUGUCAAGAGUUUUAUUUGGGGUUUUCACUUCUGUGUAGAUGGUGUAUCAUAAUUUACUGGUAACGCACUUCUUGUAAAAUUGUUUCGAUUUUGAUUAUAGAAUGAGGCGGCUUUUUGGCUGCUCGUCGG